AACAACUGGCAAGAAAGAUGGCAAAAUGGGGCAAAACACAACAAUCUUAGCAACUUGUGGUCAUAAAUCGAGGAGUACCUGUGCUAACAUUUCUCAUGAUCUUGAAGCUAUCCCUCCUCUCAUCAUGCAGCCUAGGACCGUGCUGGCCUUUUUGGCAGGUAAAACCACCCCUGCCUCGCAUUUAAGUGGCUGUCCAUUAGGACGGGGGUCCCCAAUCCCAGCCCAUUCCGAACCGGGCGGCGCGAGCGAUGGGUGCCCGCGCCCCUCCCUCGCACAACCUCCACAUACACACAGUGCCGCCAACCGGGAAAGGCUGCAUCAGGACAAAAUCCUUCUCGCAGUUGAGCCAGGCGCCACCUAAUCCGUCCCUGAGCAUCUGGUUCUCCGUCCCUUCCUUUCCUCGCUCCCGAACUGCAUUUCGCUGCGUCUGAAGCCACUUCAGAAAUCACUGAUCGGCCCUGCCUCAUCCAUCCUGCACGUGACCCGGAAGGAAUAGUUCAGUCGGCGCAUUCGCGGUGAAACGGCCGCCAGCGGCUGAGCUAGGCUGCCGCGAGGAGGAUGAAGGGGGGGGGGAGCCGGAGGCGGCAAACUCCGCUUCCGGGGCGGAACAUCCGGUGAAGCCAUUGGUGCUCGCUCCACGCAGCGAGCUAAUGGCAUCGCUCCAACACGGGCGGGCGGGCUCUGGCCGGCCAAUGGCAUUGGCAGCUUUGGAGGCGGGGCCUCGCUGCGCGGGCGACCAAACUCUCUAUCGUCGCUGAGGCGAAGCCGGCCGGGCCGUCGCGGGUCUGCCUUCCGAGGCGAGCGGGGCAGGUAGGCGCGGCCGUCCGCCGGAGGAGCGUUGGAUGCGGCCCCGGGGUCUUCCGGAUGAGCCGCGUUCCGGGCCGCCAUGGAGAUCAGCCACUCGGUGAAGGAGCGCACAAUCGCGGAGAACAGCCUGGUGCUGCUCUUGCAGGGCUUGCACAGCCGCGUCACCACCGUGGAGCUGCGUGACGAGAGCGUGGCCGUGGGCCGCAUUGUCAACGUGGACGCCUUCAUGAACGUCCGCCUGGGCGAGGCCACCUUCACCGACCGCCACGGCCGCGCCUGCCGGCUGCAGGACCUCUUCAUCACCGGCAGGAACGUCCGCUACGUCCACAUUCCCGACGAGGUGGACAUCCGGGCCACCAUCGAGCAGCAGCUGCAGCUCAUCCACCGUGUCCGCACCUUCGGCGGCCGAGGCAAGGGCAGGACCGAGUUCCUUUGGCCGAAGCCAGCGGCCAAGUGACCGUUCCGGCGGGCACGCGGUGAAGCUAGAGCUGGAAAUCUGCUCGCUUCCGGAGAAAUGUGUCCGGUAAGACCCGUCGCUCGCUUGGGAAGGCCGUGGCUGCUUCCCCCGCUCGGCGGUUCACAGAGGAAUCGGAUGAGGACGUUCCUUUGCCGGAAUAUAGACCCCUGCCUACCCCCAAGGACCCUAUUUUCAGGGGCUUUUCUCGUCAUAGUUUGUCUCCACCCUGAACUGCUUCCCCCUCCCCAAGGAUAAACUUUGAAGCUUUAAAAUCCAGACUGCCUGUUGAAGUAGGGUGUACUCUUUGGGAUCCCGGCUCCGUAUGGUUGAUGAUUUUGGAUUACAGUAAUCUAGUCAGAAAUAAAAAUUUAUUUUGCACCUAA